AUGGAUUUAAUCGAUAAUUAGUUUUAGCAUAAAUAUUAAUAGUUGUUGCAGCUUUAAGAAAUUUAUUCAACUCGCAAAGUCUUACCUGAAAGACUUUAAAGAUUGAAGCUCAUUGAUAUCAAUUUUCAAAUCAAAUACAUUCGAUAAAAACAAUAAAAUAGAUUAAAUUAGAUAAUCAAUAAUCCAAAAUCUUCUUAAAAUAAAUCUAAAAAGUAAACAGCAGAGAAAAGUUUUUCUAAUUAAGUCAGUCAUCUCAAUAAUGAUGAUUAAUAAAAUAUUUGUCUGAGUUGUGAAAAAUAUAUUUUUGAAAAAAAAGUAACACUUUUUUGUCAUAAUAAAUUUCAUCAUAACUAUCAUUCAUAUUGUUUAGCAAAUUUAAUGAAAUAGUAACUUGCUAAUUAAUGUAUCACAUUAUAAUGCUUAUGCAAAAGUUCAAUCAAUAAUGGAUAAAUCUCGAGAUAAAAAAUAGUAGAAUUAGAAGUUUAGAUUAAUAGAUUAAUGUUAAAUUAAUUAUAAUAUCUUAAAUCCCAUAAUUAAAACAUUAGAUAGUGUGCUAACAAAGAUUGUGAUUUUUUUUGGAUCUAUAAAUAGCCAUAAAAGUAAAUAAAAUCUCGUUCGAAUUCUCCUGCUAAAACUUACAAAAUUGCAAAUACUAAUUAUUGUCCAGAUUGUAGAUUCUUGUGA